UAGUUUGUUUACAUUUUAUAUUAGGUAAUGUUUUAAAAUUUUCUUAGUUUUAUUGUAAAUUUUUACUUGAAUUACAUGUUAAUUCAAUCCAUGAAGUUUUUUUUGAAAUCAAGUUCAGUGUUGCUAAACAUAUACAGAAUGUCUUCAAAGUGUACAGUAGCAGUUUGUCAAUUUACGGCAACAAACAACAAGGAAGAAAACUUUAAAGUUGUUAAAUCACUGUUAAAAGAGUCAGUGGAGAAAAAGGCCCAAAUCGUUUUUUUACCUGAGGCAAGCGAUUUUAUAGCAAAGGAUAAGCAUGAGUUUAAAGCACUAGCAGAACCACUUACUGGACCAUUAAUUUCUUCAUAUUGUAGCUUGGCAAAGGACCUUAAUAUUUGGAUAUCUCUUGGUGGUUAUCAUGAAAUGUAUGACGCAAGCACCAUUUAUAACAGUCAUGUAGUUAUUAACAACCAAGGAGAGAUAAAAAGUGUGUAUAGAAAAAUACAUUUGUUUGAUGUAUCUAUUCCUGACAAAAAUAUUCAUUUAAGGGAGUCAGAUACUAACAGAGGGGGUAAUGAAAUUGUCCCUCCUGUUCAAACUCCUUUAGGAUUGCUAGGAUUAUCAAUUUGCUAUGAUCUUAGGUUUCCAGAGAUAAGUACCUUAUUAAGAAAACUAAAUGCAGAUGUCUUAACUUAUCCCUCAGCAUUUACUAGUGGGACAGGAAAAGCUCAUUGGGAACCUUUAUUGAGAGCUAGAGCAAUUGAAAAUCAAUGUUAUGUUAUUGCAGCUGCUCAGUAUGGCAAGCAUAAUAAUAAAAGAAUAUCAUAUGGACAAGCAAUGAUAGUUGACCCUUGGGGAAAGAUCAUAGCAGAGUGUCCAAAGUAUUCAGAUGAUGUCAGCACCAAUCAAAGUAUAGGAGUAGCCGAACUUGACUUAGAUAUUAUUAAAAGGAUCCGCACGGAAAUGCCUGUGAUACUUCAUAGAAGAAAUGACAUAUAUUCAUUAAAUUUAGUUAACUGUAGGCAAGAUAUUGAUGACGAUAAGAUUUAUGAAUUUGCUGAUAAAAAGAUUCCUGGAAAAACAGUAUUUUAUGUGACAAAGCAUUCCUUUGCCUUUACUAAUAUUAGAUGUGUUGUACCUGGACAUGUCCUAGUGUCUUCCUUAAGAAAAGCCAAAAGAUUGCAAGAUCUGACUGAGGAAGAAAUUGCAGAUUUAUUUCAGACCACAGUAAAGGUUUCAAAAGCUGUGGAGAAGAUGUAUAAUGCCCAGUCUUCCACUGUAUGUGUACAGGAUGGCAAGUUUGCCGGCCAAACAAUACCACAUGUACAUGCUCACAUAUUGCCCAGGAAAGAAAAUGAUUUCUCAAACAAUGAUGAUAUUUACUUACACUUGGCAAAGCAUGAUACCGCAGAUGAAAGUAAGCUUAUUAGAACUUUAGCUGAACAAAUUGAUGAAGCAAGUGUUUUAAGAAAAUAUUUUUAUUAAAUUAAUUAUUUAAGUCCCAAUAAAUUUUUCCUGUAUUGUUAGAUUACUAACUUCUCCAGUAAGCAACAGAAAGGUGUGCUUCUGCAAAGCUUAAUCAUUUUUACAACAGAUAAAGUACUUUUAAAAUAUAACACCAUAUAUAUAUUUGUACAUAUUUUCUAUAAAAAAUAUAUUUGUUUUUAUAUAGUAAAAAAGAA